CAGGGUAACCCCUCCCCUGCCGCCGCCGCCGCGUGUAAAGAGCCAGCCCAGCCGACUAAACCUCGCAUACAAAAGACGACGUAGGGCUGGCUCACACGCAGGCAGCAUCACUGGAUGACUUGGUGGUGGUGAGGCUGAAUGUUUGAACUAUCUCCACUAAAGGUGACAUGCUUCUGUUAUGGUCAAAGGAAUCCCCUGGAGCAUCCCCAGGAAGAGGAUAUUGAGAAAGGAUAGUAUACAACGGAGAGGAGACCCAUGCAGAACUUUAAAAAAAAGAAAGAAAGAAUUUCUUGGUAAAAAGGAUCUCAAUAUAGGGUUUGAUAAACUGAGGCAGUAUGAUCCCGGUGACGGAAUUCAAGCACUUCACAGACCAACAACCUGCUUUCAAGGUGCUCAAGCCAUGGUGGGACGUGUUGGCUGAGUACAUCACUAUAGCCAUGCUGAUGAUAGGCGUUUUUGGCUGCACGCUGCAAGUGACCCAAGAUAAGAUUAUCUGCCUUCCCAGCCGUGUCCCUAGUGGCACGUCCUUCUCUGAGGCAACUUGUGAAGAUUUCACCAGGAAGAAGAUCAAUACCUCUGAGCCCACUCAGCCCUCCACUUACCAAGAAAUGAGUGGAUUACGGAACAACCUAGACCUCCAACAGUACAGCUACAUCAAUCAGAUGUGCUAUGAGACAGCCCUUCAUUGGUAUGCCAAGUACUUCCCCUACCUUGUCGUCAUCCACACCCUCAUCUUCAUGGUGUGUGCCUCUUUUUGGUUCAAAUUUCCUGGUACUAGUUCCAAGAUUGAACAUUUUAUCUCCAUCCUGAGCAAGUGCUUUGACUCGCCCUGGACUACACGAGCCAUCUCGGAGGUCUCUGGGGAGAACCAGGAAAACGGAAGCCCAGAGAAGAUAAAUCGGAGAAGGAAAAGUAGUGCUCCUAGUGAGUCUACUGAGCUUUCCCCUGCAGGGGGAUCAGUUAUGGAGAAAAAAGUUGCAGAGUCCUCCUCCGUUAGCCUGUUGGACAAGAAGGAAGGGGAACAGGCCAAAGCUCUCUUUGAGAAAGUGAAGAAAUUCCGGCUCCAUGUAGAAAAAGGAGACAUCCUUUACACCAUGUACAUUCGCCAAACUGUUCUCAAAGUCUUCAAGUUUCUAGUCAUCACUAUCUACAACACAGCCCUGGUCCACAAUAUCAGCUUCAUAGUGCCGUGCAGCGUGAAGAUGGAGGACAUGACAGGCUAUGACCAUUUCUGUUGCAAUCACACCAAAGCGCACCUGUUCUCUAAGCUGGCUAUUUGCUACAUCUGCUUCCUUGGCAUAUACGGCAUGACCUGUCUCUACACACUCUAUUGGCUCUUUCAUCGGCCACUCAAAGAGUACUCUUUCCACUACGCACGUGAAGAAACAGGCAUCAGCGACAUCCCCGAUGUCAAGAAUGACUUUGCUUUCAUGCUCCAUCUCAUUGACCAGUAUGAUUCCCUCUACUCCAAACGCUUUGCUGUGUUCCUCUCUGAGGUCAGCGAGUUCAAACUCAAGCAGCUCAAUCUCAAUCAUGAGUGGACGGUAGAUAAAUUGCGGCAGAAGCUGCAAAAGAACUCUCAUGACCGGCUGGAACUCAGUCUCUUCAUGCUUUCUGGUUUGCCUGACACUGUCUUUGAGUUGACUGAGGUGGAGUCCCUGAAAUUGGAGCUUCUCAAAGAUGUUACGUUCCCCACCUCUGUGACUCAGCUGGUCAAUCUUCAGGAGCUAUCCUUGAUCAAUUGCCCUGUUAAGCUAUCUUUUACUUCCCUUAUGUUUUUCCGUGAACAGCUGAAGGUGAUGCUUGUAAAAUUUGAGGAGAUCAAAGACAUACCAGUGUGGACCUACAACUUGAGAGGAUUGGAAGAGUUGUACAUCUCAGGGACUUUCAACCAGGAGAUGGGCCGGUCAGGAACUCUGGAAAGCCUGCGUGAGCUCAAGAAUCUGAAGACACUGACACUGCAUAGCAACAUCUCAAAAUUGCCACCCAGUGUGGCUGACGUUGCCACUCAUCUGCUGAAGCUCAGGAUCCUCAAUGAUGGGACCAAGCUGGUGACCCUUAACAACCUCAAGAAGCUCUCCUGUGUGCAAGAAGUGGAGCUAAUCAACUGCAACCUGGAACGUAUCCCUCAUGCUGUCUUUAGCCUGGUGAAUCUGCAGGAGUUGAACCUUAAAGAUAACCAGCUGCAUUCCAUCGAGGAGAUUAUUAGCUUCCAGCACUGCCGCAAGCUAACGCGCCUCAAACUGUGGCACAACCACAUCUCCAGCAUCCCUGAACAUAUCCGCAAGCUCAAGACCUUAGAGCAGCUUGACCUCAGCCAUAACCACAUUGAGGUCCUCCCUGCCCAGCUAUUCCUGUGCACUAGGUUGCGUGAGUUAGAUCUCUCGCAUAACAACAUCCGGGUCAUCCCUCCUGGGAUGGGAGUUCUACAGGCCCUUCAGUGUUUUGCCAUUUCUCACAAUGCCUUAGAGGUGCUGCCCAAUGAACUCUACUUCUGCAAGAAACUCAAAACUCUCAAAGUGGGGCACAACAAACUGCACCGCCUCUCUGACCGUGUGAGUUGGCUGCCUUUGCUCUCCAAACUAGAGCUGAAAGGGAACCAGCUGGAGGCCCUGCCUCUGGAAAUUGGCAAGUGCCCAGCCCUUAGGCGCAGUGGCCUGGUGGUGGAGAGCAUGCUCUAUGAUGCACUGCCUUUAGAAGUUAGGGAGAAAUUGGAGGAGGAGUGAUGAGGAGAAUGACAGCAGGAGUGGCAUUCCCUCUCAGGGACUGGCUACACAGGUAUGGAGUGAUUAAGAAUCAGGGAUGGGCCUGGUGGAAUCAGAUAAGCAGACUUCUGUUUUAGGCUGGAACCAAGGAGGGAAUGGAACCUUUUCAUCCUAGUGGUGGGGGGGGGCAGAAAGUAGCAGCGCACAAGUGGAACAAAGAACACAACAAAGAACAAAGGCAUUAAGUGACUUUUAAAAAAUAGUUUGCAGAACAGAUAAGUAGCAGGAAUUAUUCAUGGGAAAGAAAUGGUUGCGCCAAACCAAAUCAUUAUAGUUAUUUUUAUACGUA